AUGCCGGCCUACGCCUUGGGAAGAAUCCGACAAAAGGAGAAUGAAUCAUUGAGGAAAUACCUCGAUAGGUUCAAAGAUGCCGCCCUAAAGGUUCGGAAUUUAACUGAGCCAGUACACUUGCAUCUGAUCAUCUCUGGAUUAGAUGGUGAUUCUCAACUGGCAAAGUCAAUUUGCAAGAACCCGAUCAAUGACCUGGAGGAGUUCCGACGAAGGUCGAACAAGUACAUUGAUGUGGAGGACAUCCAGAAGGCUUAUGGGGAAUCCAGAGGUCGAAGUCCGAAUCACGGGAGUCCGAGUACGAAAAACAACAAAGACCGGGACCAGCGGGGAUCGAAGAAAUCGAAGGACACUCGUGAUAAGACGGAAGAUCGGUCUCAAAGGAGGAAAUAUGAUGAUUACUCGCCCUUGAACAUGUCCAGAUCUCGGAUAUGGAAAGAGGUGGCCCACACUGAAAUGCGUAAUGUCGAGAGACCUCGACCCCUCAAAGCCAAUAGUGGAUUGGAUAGAAACAAGUAUUGCGCCUUCCAUGACCAGAACGGUCAUAUCACAGAUGACUACUGGGACCUCCGAGAUGCCAUCGAAAAGCACAUCAGAGAGGGAAAAUUAAAGCAGUACAUCAUCCGAACUCAGGGCAAGAAGAAUAAUAAGCGAAGACAGAGAAGCCGGAGCUGA